AUGUUAUCAAGGCUAGUGGUAAAAUCAAAUAAUUUGUUAAAAAAAAUAUGGAGUAAAAAUAUUUGCACUCUUUCUAAUGUAUUUUUAUCAAAACAUCCCUAUAAACCGAAAACAAGAGAAAUUAUUCAUCCUCAUAUGACACCCCCAGAAUAUUUAUCACCUUCCGAUUGUUUUGAUGCAAAAACAAGUGAGUUACAACAGUUUAUACCGAAAAAUUUUUAUCGUACUAAAUGGAUAGAAUCAUUAAGAAGUGGAGAAUAUUUAGGAGAGGAUUAUCCAUGGAAUUUAUUACCUAAAUGGAAAUAUUGGAAAAAAAGAAAAUAUAAUGUAAAAUAUCAUGAAAUUCCUUGGUUUAUUUCAAAAGUUAAAGGGGUUUCAUAUUAUAAAAGACUAAAUGUAUGGAUGGUUCAAUGGGUUGAAAAUGGAGUUCAUAGAAUUAGAAGGUUUAGAUGUGCUUUUGGAAUUUUACAAGCAAAACUAGCUGCUGAACAGUUCAGAAAAAACUUAGAAGAAUCAGGAAGAGUAGAUAAUAGAAAAACAGAAAGACAGCUUAGAAUGGAUUAUAUACAAAAGAAAGAUGAAAGAUUAUUAAGAAAGAAAAAAUAUUCUAAGAUAUCUAAAGGUCAAUUUUAA